AUGGUGAAUUACUAUCGAACAGGAAGCGAUGCAAUGGAUGUCGAUCGAGUACAUCUCCCCGAAGUCAAUCGAACAUCUCCCGUACCCGGUCGGCAGAUCCCUCCGGAACGAAUCACCGUUUUGCGGGGCCAUGAUUCAGAAGCUUUUAUUUGCGCAUGGAAUCCUCGCAGCGACAUGCUAGCCUCAGGUUCUGGUGAUUCGACUGCACGGAUCUGGAAUCUAGAAGAGCAGUUGACUAAUCCUUUUCAAGUUCCGCAUUUGGUUCUCACUCAUUACGUCAACCGUGAUGGUCAAACCUUUCUGAGUAACAAGGACGUAACAUCUUUGGAUUGGAAUUCUGAUGGAAGUUUUCUAGCAACUGGUUCCUACGACGGGUAUGCGCGUGUAUGGCACAUUAAUAACCGGAUAGCGAUGACCCUUGGCCAGCACAAAGGACCCAUAUUUGCACUGAAGUGGAAUCGAAAAGGCAACUGCAUUCUUACUGAUGGAGUGGACAAGACGACCAUCAUCUGGGAGUCCCAAACUGGUCGCAUCGCUCAGCAGUUUUUCUUCCACACAGCUCCAACUCUGGACGUGGACUAG